CACGUCGACGUCAUUUGAAUGCUGGAGAAGGUGUGGAGCAAGAAGGAGAGGGCUCGCGUCCAGAAGCGCCUCGAGGCCGUGUGCAAGAACGGACCGGUCGAAGACCUGACCGCGUUUCUCGCAACGUUGUCGGACGAAAAAGUCGAGGUUUUGCUCCAAGCUCCCUCCGUUGGCAACGACCAGCUCUCGUGCCUCCAUCUUGCCGCCGCGACAAACCAACCACUCAUCCUCGACUACCUGAUCACGAACUACGCCUAUCUCUUUCCCGAUGUUCGCAAAGACUACGCCCGCACGCCAUUGCACGAAGCUGCUCUUCAUGGACAUGCCGAUGUUGUUCAGAUAUUGCUGCGUCAUGGCGCGCUUGUCGGAGCGCACACGACUCGAGGCCGAACGCCAUUGAUGUACGCUGCACGUGGAGGUCAUGUCGAUGUCAUCAAGUUGCUCCUCAAUGCUGGAGCGAACGUCAACGAUCAGAGCGAAACUGGCCUGACAGCGCUGUACGAAGCAGCCAAACACGGCCGAGCUGACGCGGUCGAUUUCCUCCUCACGUGUCCUCAUGUGGACGUCAACUUGGGGUCCCACACCAAGCAUACGCCGCUUCACAUUGCGAUCGGGGAAGGCCACUUGACUGUGGCGGAAAGAUUGAUUGCGGGUGGUGCAAAUUCAGCUGCGCAAGACGCAAUGGGCGUGACAGUGUGGCACGAAGCAGCGGGGCUUCAAAGUUUGGCUGGGAUGGAAUUGCUCGUUCGCCACAAUAUUCCGUUGCGUGAUGACCACGUCGAUGUGGUUUUGGCAAGGCACCCGUUCCAUUAUGCGGCUGUCGAAGGCCACGCGGCGUUUUGCGCAGCGCUCUUGGCAGCUAAUAUGGUCGACGUGAAUCUCCAAGAUGUCGACGGGUGUACGGGCCUGUACUAUGCAAGUGCAAACGGCCAUGCACAUGUGGUCCAAGUUCUGCUUGAUGCCCAUGCCGAUGUCAACUUGGCGUCGAUUCGGCGCACGCCGCUGCAUUGUGCUGUCAUGUGGCAGCGAGAAUCAUGCGUCCAGCUUCUUCUGGCCCACGGCGCUUCUAUGGACGCCGCUGACAAGGACGGAAAGACUGCCAAGGACUUGGCGCAAGGGUAUCCUGCGAUGGCUGCGCUGUUCGACCAAGUGAUAAAGACAAGCUGUUCAGUAUUAAAUAUUACGGAUGUUACGGUUUAAAAGUACAACGGACCAUCGUUGGUGGCGUCCAUAUCAACAUCGUCGUCGCCACCACUCGACGAGCAGUGCACCAACUGCAGGGACUGGGAGGGUGCGGAAAACGAGUGGACUCGGGAUUUCCACCGUACAACUUCGGUCUCCAAGUCGUGGAAGAGAUCGAGGCGCCAUGCCAAGUCCUUCAUUUCAAGGAAGCUCAACACACGCUCGCCAUUCCAAAAGUGGGCAUUGUCGAUCUUCUUGGUUUUGACGCCGUUAACGGUUUCACGCGCGACUUUCUGCAUCCGUUGAACGUCGACGAGGAUUUCGUUGUGCGCAAUGCCGUGCUGGACCAGGAAUCGCAUGAGCACCAGAAGUUCGUUCUCGGAAGGACGGUAAUGCCCGCUGUGGGGAUAAAUAAUACGAAGUGUGCCUUCAGAAACGACCAUCAUCCCUGCCGUUUGAACGCAUUCACCUCCCACCAAACUCGUGUGGUGAAUGCGUGGAACUUGGGUCGUCACCUUUUCGCUGCCGUACAAAAUGCCAUCGCGGAGAACAAAGAUCCAUCCUUCGUCACCAGUGUCGACAAUUUCCUGGGUGGAUUUACGAAUUACCAUGCCUUGACGAAUGUCGAGCUCGAAGCGCUGACGCUCGGCAGGGUCGCAGUAUAGGACGGUUUCGCUCUCGAGCUUGGUUCGAGGCACCCCUUCGACUUCAAUCGAUUCAUCGUCAAGCCAUUCCCAGAAUCCAGGCUUUGGGCCGUCGUAUCGCUUCCAUUCUUUGUAGUACGCGCGAAGGUUUGCGCCAUACCUGUGCUUCUGAUCGCAAACUUCAAGCCAACUACGCUUGUCGACGACAGAGAUGUUGCCUGCACUGAAUCCACGCACAAGGACGGACGAAAACUUCUUGGCUUGCUUUGCUAUCUCAUGAGGACAAUGUCGUCCCCGUCGUCUUGCUGUCAUCGGGAUCUGUGGCAUGAAGACAACACACGUCGGAACACGGUGUCGGUGGAGGGUGCGGGCGUUGCGC